AUGGAGGACGACGGCAUCGGCUACUCCAAGAGCGGUCUUGUCGCCAAGAUGCGCGAGAGCGGUAACGUCCACGUCGACGGCGACGUCACCUUUAAGCUCGCGGAGGCGUACGGCUUCUGCUGGGGCGUCGAGCGCGCGGUGCAGAUGGCGUACGAGGCGAAGAAGCAGUUCCCCGACGCCAACCUCUGGAUCACCAACGAGAUCAUCCACAACCCCACCGUCAACGACCGCCUCGGCGAGAUGGGCGUCCAGUUCAUCGAGGAGACCGCCGAGGGCAAGGACUUCAGCGGGUGCAAGGAGGGCGAGGUGGUGAUCCUGCCCGCGUUCGGCGCCAGCGUGCACGAGAUGAAGCUCCUCAACGACAAGGGCGUGAACAUCGUGGACACGACGUGCCCGUGGGUGAGCAAGGUUUGGAACGCGGUGGACGCGCACACCCGCAAGGAGUUCACCUCCAUCAUCCACGGCAAGUGGGCGCACGAGGAGACCAUCGCCACCGCGUCCUUCGCCAAGACCUACCUCGUCGUCAAGGACAUGAAGGAGGCGCAGUACGUGUGCGACUACGUCCUCGACGGCGGCGAUCGCGAAGAGUUCUUGGCCAAGUUUAAGAACGCCUACUCGGAGGGAUUCGACCCGGAUACCGACCUCGGCGCGUUGGGCAUCGCGAACCAGACCACCAUGCUCAAGGGCGAGACGGAGGCGAUCGGCAAGCUCCUCGAGAAGACGAUGAUGCAGAAGCACGGGGUGGACAAGCUCAACGACCACUACAUGGUCAUGGACACCAUUUGCGACGCGACGCAGGAGCGCCAGGACGCCAUGUACAAGCUCGUCGACGACAAGCCGGACAUGAUGCUCGUCGUCGGCGGGUUCAACUCGUCCAACACGAGCCACCUCCAGGAGAUCAGCGAGGACGCGUCCAUUCCCUCGUUCUGGGUGGACACGCACGCUAGGCUCGACGCCGACACCAACACCAUCACGCACAGGCUGGCGCACGGCGAGCUCGUGGAGACCAAGGACUGGCUCCCGGCUGGAAAGGUGACCAUCGGCGUCACGUCCGGCGCGUCCACCCCGGACAAGGUCGUCGAGGACGUCAUCGACGUCAUCAUGGCUACCAAGAAGAAGAUGUCGGGGGCGCCCGCGCGCUGA